GUGGAGCCAGGUCUUCAUCAUUUUAAGCACAUACUGGUUGUGCCUGUUGUGGUUUUCCAGAGUGGGUACUAGGCAGGUGCAGUGACGUGAAAGCUCUGGCUGCACUUUUGACCUUCCCACGCGGUUCUAAGUGUUUGUCUUUGAGCCCGGCACUCUCUCCAUCGCCUCCCUGAGCUCCGUGAGCACUGUGACACCCGAGUUAAUCAGUGUCUGGAAGUCAGCCUUUCUCCAAAGGCAGCUGUGGGUUUAUUGUGGUUUAUUUUUUAACUUCCUCAUGGAAUUGGAUGCACAGUGAUUGGAAAGAAUUUCCCAGAGGCAUUUCGGGACAGACCAGGUGCUGGUAAAUCCCUGAGUGUUGGGUUAGAUUCCUGGAACAGCUACGAUCCAUAGCCCAAGGUGGCCAUAAAAGUCAUUGAUAAGAAGAGAGCCAAGAAGGACACUUAUGUCACCAAAAAUCUGAGGCGAGAGGGGCAGAUCCAACAGAUGAUCCGCCACCCCAACAUCACACAGCUCCUAGAUAUCUUGGAGACAGAGAACAGCUACUACCUGGUGAUGGAGCUGUGCCCUGGUGGCAACUUAAUGCACAAGAUCUACGAGAAGAAGCGGCUGGAGGAGUCAGAAGCCCGCAGAUACAUCCGGCAGCUCAUCUCGGCAGUUGAGCAUCUGCACAGGGUGGGGGUGGUCCAUAGAGACCUGAAGAUAGAAAAUUUGCUACUAGAUGAAGACAAUAAUAUCAAGCUGAUUGACUUUGGUUUGAGCAACUGUGCCGGAAUCCUGGGCUAUUCGGACCCGUUCAGCACCCAGUGUGGUAGUCCUGCCUAUGCGGCCCCUGAACUGCUGGCCAGGAAGAAAUAUGGCCCCAAAAUCGACGUCUGGUCCAUCGGUGUGAACAUGUACGCCAUGUUGACUGGGACCCUCCCUUUCACGGUGGAGCCUUUCAGCCUGAGAGCUUUGUACCAGAAGAUGGUGGACAAAGAAAUGAACCCCCUCCCUACCCAGCUCUCCACAGGGGCCAUCAACUUCCUUCGCUCUCUCCUGGAACCAGACCCCGUGAAGAGGCCAAAUAUCCACCAGGCACUGGCAAAUCGCUGGCUGAAUGAGAAUUACACGGGCAAAGUGCCCUGUAAUGUCACCUAUCCCAACAGGAUCUCUCUGGAAGACCUGAGCCCCAGCGUGGUGCUGCAUAUGACCGAGAAGCUGGGCUACAAGAACAGCGAUGUCAUCAACACGGUGCUCUCCAACCGUGCCUGCCACAUCCUCGCCAUCUACUUCCUCCUGAACAAGAAACUCGAGCGCUACUUGUCAGGGAAAUCUGAACUGCAGGACAGCGUGUGCUACAAGACCCAGCUCUACCAGAUAGAGAAGUGCCGGCCUAUCAAGGAGCCCUACGAGGCCUCGCUGGACACCUGGACAAGAGACUUUGAACUCCAUGCUGCUCUGCAGGAUAAGAAGCCCAAAGAACAAGAAAAGCGAGGGGAUUUUCUUCAUCGACCUUUUUCCAAGAAGUUGGAUAAGAACCUGCCCUCCCACAAACAGCCCCCAGCCUCCCUGAUCACCCACAUUCAGAACACCAAAGCCCUGCUGAAGGAUCGGAAGGCCUCUAAGUCUGCCUUCCCUGACAAAGAUUCCUUUGGCUGCCGCAAUAUUUUCCGUAAGACCUCGGAUUCCAGUUGUGUGGCGUCCUCUUCCAUGGAGUUCAUCCCCGUCCCACCUCCCAGGACCCCCAGGCUUGUAAAGAAAGCAGAGCCCCAGCAGCAAGGGCCCGCCAGUGGCGGCAUCCUUCCCAAGGAAGACCCCCUGAUGCUGGAGAUGGUGCGCUCCUUUGAGUCCGUCGACCGUGACGACCACAUAGAACUGCUGUCUCCUUCUCACCACUACAGGAUUCUGAACUCGCCCGUGAGCUUGGCCCGCAGGAGUCCCAGUGACAGGACGCUCUCAGCAGGGCUCUUGUCCGGAAGUAUGUCACCUCUCCAGACGCCAUUACAUCCUACUCUACUCUCCUUUGCUCACGAAGACAAGAGCAGCCCCCCAAAAGAGGAAGGUGUGUGUUCCCCACCUCCCGUUCCCAGCAAUGGCCCCAUGCAGCCACUGGGGAGCCCCAACUGCGUGAAGAGCCGGGGCAGGUUCCCCAUGAUGGGCAUUGGACAGAUGCUGAGGAAGCGCCACCAGAGCCUGCAGCCCUCCGCGGAGAGGCCCCUGGAGGCCAGCAUGCCCCCACUGCAGCCCACGGGCCCCAGCAGCCUUUCCUUUGACAUGGCUGAUGGGGUCAAGGGUCAGUGUUAGCCCGAGCCAGGGAGAUUCUGGGACAGCAGUAGAACCGAGAGGGCGUGAGCAGUCAGAGACCUCACAGGAGCUUCUUUUAGAGCCUCAUCCCAAGUGUGGACCAGCUGGGAUCCAUAGGACCAACAUCGGUACAACCGCCUUUCUGAGGGGCCCUCCCCAGGAGGUCUGGGUGGAGGGGCAGCCCCUUCAGAUCUGAGACUCUCAUGGCUCUCACUCCUCACCCAGCUUCCUCUCUUAGUCCCCUGACCUUCUGGGUCCCUCACAUCUACAAACGGUUACCAGAUCUUUCUUUCCUCUGUGCUAUGCAUGUGCCUCUUUGCAGACUGCUCUGUUUGGCAGUCGGUCACGGGAGCCAACAGCACCCCAAACUUGUGCAUCCUGGGCAGAAUUUCCUCCGCAGAAGGAACUUCUUUCCUAACGGCAAAUCCCUGCAGCCUGGCCAAGCCGAGCAGGAAGCCCGGAGGAAGAAACUGGGACAGUGGUAGGACCAAGUGGAAAGGAUCUGAUGGAAGAAAAGACUGAAGGAAACACGUGUUCCCAAGCAAAGUUUUGGCAGAUUUUUUUUUUUAAUCUUCUUUGGUUGAAACUUGUUGAUUGCAGAAUGAUUUUAUCCAAAAAUACUUUUUUUUCUUUCUGCGAUGCUGUUAAAUUGAGUAACAUUAUUCUCUAGAACCUAGAUGGAGAGCUUAAAAGCGCUUCCACCAAAUUCAUGAGAGGAACAGUCAAAAAGCUGGCUCAGGUGUUGUUUGUAGUGGUGUUGGACCACAGUAUGCUGUCAGAAAGCCAGGACCCCAACCACCUUGUGUUUAUCUCAUUGCGUCAGCAGAGCCUUGAUCCCUUCAAAGGUGGAAAACACAGUCACAAGUGGUUCCUUAAGGAGGAAAAAAAAGAUAGUCGCAGCAGAAUCUGAGUGGCAUGAAGGCAACGUGACCCAUGUGCACACCAACUUCCAGCUCCCCAGAAAUGAAUGUGAGGCGGUGUUCAGAUGGUUUGCGGUGAGCUGUGAACCUGCUUGCCCCUCAGAGAGUGCUUGUUCACGCACACCAAGGUCCUUCCGUAACGAAAGCUGUGUAUCCUGACUUUCAGUGCGUGUGGUGUUCCCACCCCUUUUGCCAAGGAUUGAACCAAAGAUGCAUCCCCAGUUUUGUGACUGUACCAUCCCCGUGUGUACGUUGUGUGGAUCCUAGUGUUAUCUGACUGUGUCCAGCUGGACCGCCUGGUGGGGACUGCCUCCCUCCAUCUGGGAGUGGGCACUCGGUCAUGAGCAGAAUUGCAAGAAGGGGAAGACUUGGCACAGGUUGUAUAGUAGUUACUUCAAGAGACGUGUUGUAAAGCAGCCUGGAAUCUUUGACUUUUGCUUAGUGUAGAUGUGCGUGACCACUGCUGUGCUCACUUCCCAUCACUCAUGUGGCCCGCUGAUUCUAGUGUGGACCCAGCCCCUUCAUGUUGUACAUAAGGCUAGCCUUCUGGCUGCCAGAGACGAGAGGUGUGAUUUUUACCUUUUCUCCAUGUGAGACUUUCUUAGAUCCUUCCCAGCUGCCUGAGUGAGGUGAGGACAGGUCUUUGGGUGAUUCUGGAAGCCACUGUGAUGCCUCAGUCCUGGCUGACUUUGGGGCUGCUUGAUCCCUUUUGGAUCCAGCCCUAAAGCACACCAAGAUGAGGGUAGUCUCCUGCUAAUACUCCUUUGUGUGACUUCAGUCUGGUUUCCAGAAUUGACCAUUGGAAAAUAAGAGCUUCUGAAGAAUCAUCGGGUAGACCCUCUCUGCACUGAACAUGAAAUGAAAUGUUUGAUUUGGGGCAGGUGAAGAAUCUUGUUUUGUAAAGCUAGCUUCCAGCUGUUCCACUCUACGGAGUGGAAGGAUGUGUCCCCAUGCGUUGUGAGCGUUGAGUAGUGCCUGUCUUUUCCUUGCAUCUCUUUGUCCUCACCAGAUAUGGGUGGGUGGCUCUGUGUUGCCAUUAGCUCGUGGAGAACACAGCCCCCUCUCUCUGCAUGCUUCUGGAACAGUUGCAGAUAUGGUACCACUAGCUGACCCUGUUACCAUUGGUAACUGGGGACUCCAAAACUCAGGUGUGUUGUGAACCCAGUGCGAGGUGAAAGGGGGUGAGCAAGAGGGGAAAGAAACUGUGUUUUUGGUAUGUGUGAGCACCUGACAAAUGUAUGAAACUGAAUGAGAGAAGAAAUGUUAAAAACAAAUCUUUAUUAUUUUAUUAUAUUUAUAUGGAAAACUUGACUAUUCCUUUGAUAAGUACAAAGUGUGUUGUCUGUCCGACCCGUGACUGUCCUGCAUCAGUCUGUGCCUGUGAUUUCAGUCAGCCUGUCUCUAACUGACAGAAAUGACCAACCAUUCACCGUGCUGAAGUCCAAGAGGAAAGAGUCCAUGUUAGUUGUAUGGUUCGGUCAUAAGUAAGGAUGAUAUUUAUAUCACCAUUACUCAGUGUAUGUACUUUUAUAAUGACUGUGAAAUAUACUUUUUCUUCACUA